CACUGGAGCACGGGGCAGCAGCGAGCACCGGCCGCCGCCCGCACCCGCCGCCGGGCCCUGGGUCGCAUCCUGAACUGCUGGGUACCACUCGCAUCCCCGGCUACCACCCGCAUCCCCGGGUACCACCCUGCAUCCUUGGGCAGCAUCCUGCAUCCUUGGGUACCGCCCUGCACCGCUCGGUCGCAUCCUGCAUCCUUAGGCGCUGCCCGAUCCCUAAGGAGCAUUCUGCAUCUCUGGGUCGCAUCCUGCCUCCUUGGGUGCUGCCUGACCCCUAGGGAGCAUCCCACAUCUCUGGGUCACAUCCUGCAUCCUUGGGUACCACCCGCAUCCCUGGGCAGCAUCCUGCAUCCCUGGGUCGCAUCCUGCACCGCUGGGUACCACCUGCUUCCCUAGGUACCAUCCACAUCCCUGGGUCGUAUCCUGCAUCCUUGGGUACCACCCUGCAUCCGUGGGUGCUGCCUGACCCCUAGGUAGCAUCCCGCAUCCCCGGGUGCCACCCCACACCCCUGGGUACCACGCGGCCCCUGGGCAGCAUCCUGCACUCCCAGGUGGCACCCCACACCCUUGGGUAGCCCCCAGCACCCCUGGGCACUACCUGCAUCCCCGGGUACCACCUGCAUCCCAGGGGCGCUCCCAGCAUCCCUGGGCAGCACCCCACACCUUUGGGUAGCACCCACCUCUUGAGACCCCCCCCUCAGUCCUCCGGGACCCCCCGGCACCCUCCAGCAUGGUGGAGCCCAGCACCGAGUGCAGCAUCAAGGUGCUGUGCCGGUUCCGGCCGCUGAACCAGGCCGAGAUCCUGCGGGGGGACAAGUUCCUGCCCGUCUUCCAGGGUGACGACAGCGUCGUGGUGGGGGGCAAGCCCUAUGUCUUCGACCGUGUCUUCCCCCCCAACACCACCCAGGAGCAGGUGUACCAUGCCUGUGCCAUGCAGAUCGUCAAGGAUGUGCUGGCUGGCUACAAUGGCACCAUCUUUGCCUAUGGGCAGACAUCAUCGGGCAAGACUCACACCAUGGAGGGCAAGCUGCAUGACCCCCAGCAGAUGGGCAUCAUCCCCCGCAUCGCCCAGGACAUCUUCAACCACAUCUACUCCAUGGACGAGAACCUCGAGUUCCACAUCAAGGUGUCUUACUUUGAAAUUUAUCUGGACAAGAUCCGAGACUUGCUGGACAUGACCAAGACCAACCUGUCGGUGCACGAGGACAAGAACCGGGUUCCCUUUGUCAAGGCUGAGCCCUUGGGGUCCAGCCCCGAGGAGAUCCUGGAUGUGAUCGACGAGGGGAAGUCCAACCGGCACGUGGCUGUCACCAGUGAGCACCCUGGGAAAGCCUACGUGCCCUACCGGGACAGCAAGAUGACGCGGAUCCUGCAGGACUCACUGGGGGGGAACUGCCGCACCACCAUGUUCAUCUGCUGCUCCCCGUCCAGCUACAACGACGCCGAGACCAAAUCCACCCUCAUGUUUGGGCAGCGCCUCAACGACAACAGCUCCUCCAUCGUCAUCCACAUCUCCGACGAGGAGCGCCGCAAGUACGAGGAGGAGAUCCGCAAGCUCUACAAGCAGCUGGAUGACAAGGAUGAUGAGAUCAACCAGCAGAGCCAAAUCAUGGAGAAGCUCAAACAGCAGAUGCUGGACCAGGAGGAGGUGAGACCCCCUGGCCCCCAUGUCCCUCUGCCCAGCCCUGUAGCCGACCCUCCUGGACCCCCGCCGGCCAUGGGACCCACCACCCCAGCCCAACUCGGGGGUCUCCUUGGAACCCCUCAACCUGACCACUGUGGGACCCCCACCCUGGCUUGCAGGACCCCCCACCCUGACCUCCUUGGGGCACCCUAGGUCCCUUCCCUUG